UUUCUCCAGGAUACACGGGACCAUGUUGUCUCUGGUGACCUGAACAAGCAAAGUGGACAGAGCAGCAAAGACAAGGUCCACAGUGGCUUUUGUGACUCCAACAGCUGUUUUGCUGAGCUGCUAGGAGGGCAUGUUGAAGGAGGUCGGUCAGGGGCCCUUGGAAUUGUCCUAAUUUUUCCCUCCUAUAGGCAGCACUACAUACACACACAUAGGUGCAAUGGGGUGUGUUUGCAUCAGUCACAUGUAAAUGGACAGCGUCACCCAGCCCUCACACACCAGGCCUAUUGUCAGAGCAUUCGAUGGGCAGCUGACGUCAUGGCCCGUGCCAGGAGGGAAGAGGACUGGGCACGGGGGCAUUAGCAAGUGGGACUGAGUUAGCAACAUCAAGGGACAACAAAACAACAACAAAAUGAGAGUCAGUGCUGUGAGGUUUGCUGUGGUCGUACUUGGUGUCUUAGGAUGGUCUCUGACAUUCUCCUCAGCCACACAAGUGGGCCUGACCGACAAAGUCCUGGUGUUCCCAUACGAGACAGACUUCAGCUUCGUGGCUCUGAUCCCGCAGAAGGAGAUGGGGCUGAGGGCCUUCACUCUCUGCAUGCGUGUGGCCACUGAGCUGCCGGAAGAACGUCAGAUCAUCCUGUUCGCCUACCGCACAGCUGACUAUGAUGAGCUCAACGUGUGGCGUGAGAAGGACGGGCGCAUCUCCUUCUACAUGAGCGGUGACGGCACCUUCUUCCACCUGCCGCCCCUCACCACCUUCCGCACCAGCCUCUGCCUGACCUGGGAGUCUCGCACUGGCCUCACUGCUUUCUGGGUGGAAGGGAAACGCAGCACCUACCAGGUCUACAAACCCGGGCACACUAUCCGUCCAAAAGGCACCGUCCUCUUGGGGCAGGACCCAGACAAACAUCUGGGGGGUUUAGAGGCUGUGCAGAGCUUUGUUGGGGAGAUGACUGAUCUGAAUAUGUGGGACUUUGUGCUCUCCAGGAGCAUGAUCCAGGCCUGGCACUACGGGCACAAGGUCCCCAAGGGCAACAUCUUUGACUGGGGCACCAUGGAGUACGAGCUGAACGGGAACGUGAUGGUGGUGGAUGAUGACUGACUCGAUGUGGAGUCGAAUGCUGAGAGGGAUGAGGCUUUAGAUAUCUGUGAUGGACUCAUACUGAUAUGCGUGAUUGUCAUACUUAGAGUCAGCAUUGUUUUAUUUUAGGGCUCCUAAACUGCUCAGCCAUAAGGGCCACAAGUUUAACCCUUUGAAACCUGGAGUGACAUCACUUUUCUUGUGCUGCUUCAAGUAUUUAAACCUUUGAACCUAGAGCAAAUUGGUGUGAUUUCUUUCAAAAACACUGGGGUAAAAGGCAUUAAGCAACUUGGUUAGAAAUUUCCCAUGAACUGCAAAAAAAAAAAAAAAAAAAUAGAAAAUUAUUAAAAAAUAGGGGGAUAAAAAGUAUAGUUACUAUUAUCAUUACAUUUUAUAACAUUUUAAAAUUAAUUUACUCUUUCCAGGUUU